GGUUGAUUGGGAAUUGUGGCGGGUGGCUGAUGCAGCAGAGUUGGUAUAUUACGUCAGCAGACAGCUCUGGGCUGUUUGCCGUGGGCGGUAACCUUAUCCCAUUUCCACCUCCAUUACUCUAAAUAACUCUUACAUUUCGCCAUUCAGAGUUUCCUUUUGUCCAUUUAUCUACCCACAUCACCAUCAAGAGCACUCCUCAUAUCAUCUUUGCCAUACAUAAAUAGAUAGAUAUCUAGAUACUUCCCCCCUCGAACUCCAAAAAUGGGUUCAGAUCCCCAGUACGCUUCCUAUCCAAACCUACUUCUCUCCCAACACAUAUUCACCCUCCGCACUCCCUCGCUAUCCGCCCAUUACCCUACCGCAAACAAGGCCCUCACCGCAUCCAUCAAAGAGGCUUCUCAGGCCCCUCUCUAUCGAUACCUUGCUCAUCCUACCGAUGGAAUACUAUCCAGUAAGAUCGUUUGGGACGAAAAGUACUAUGAGGAGUUGAAGAAGAGCAAUGAUGAGGAAUUGGAGGUACUCGAUACGGAGAUCAAGGAGAGUGACGAGAAGGCGGGGGAGUCGGAGGUUGUGGAGGCUAUGGGGAAGAAGGCUGAAUUUUUUGCGAGGGUUGUGGAUAAGGAGAGAGCCCUUGCUGCCUAUGAAGAACUUUACAUCAAGACUCCCACUUUGGGUGCUAAGAUCGAUAUUGUCCUUGCCAUCAUCCGUAUGGAGAUGUUCUACGAUGAUAAAGUCGGGGUUAAGAAGAGCGUUGAGCGUGCUAGACGCCUUAUUGAUACCGGUGGAGAUUGGGAUCGUCGAAACCGUCUAAAGUCUUACACGGGAUUGCAUCUUCUCUCUUGCCGCCAGUAUGCCGAGGCCGCACCACUACUCCUCGAUUCACUUUCUACCUUUACAUCGAUAGAGAUAUGCUCUUACUCUACACUUGUCCUAUACGCCGUUCUUGCCGGCACAAUCUCUCUUAAUCGUGUUGAUUUUAAGGCCAAGGUUAUCGAUUCGGCGGAGGUCCUUGCUGAUACCGAGGGUUACUCCUCAUUGGAAAGCUUGGUUAACAGCCUAUAUCUCUGCGAGUACAAGGGCUUUUUUGUCGCGCUUGCGGAUGUGGAAGAGCGCUUCUUGAGUAGGGAUCGCAUUCUAGCGGAGCAUAAGGCCUGGUACGUCCGUGAAAUGAGACGAAGAGCCUAUGCCCAACUCCUAGAGUCAUACCGUGUCGUUGGCUUGGAAAGUAUGGCGAACGCCUUCGGCGUGUCAGUAGAAUGGCUGGACCGAGAUCUCUCCAAGUUCAUCCCCUCGAAAAAGCUAAACUGCACAAUCGACCGUGUCAACGGUGUCAUCGAGACAAAUCGCCCUGACGACAAGAACCGGCAGUACCAGGAUGUUGUCAAGCAGGGCGAUCAGCUCCUCACGAAACUGCAGAAGUUCGGUCAGGCGGUUAGGCUGAGGGGGAGCGAGAGGGCUUAAAUGCAGUUAGUUGAUUAAUUAGACUCGGGGGGCUCCCUGUAGGUCGGUAUAGGUCUACUGAUGGAUGAAAAAUCUUAUUAAAUAAACGGGAUUGUAUAUCGCUGCUGGGAACUUGUAAUUUGGCUUUGCGAUGUGUAAGGUUACUGAAUGUCGUGGUUUGAGAGUGAUUUGUGCUUGAUAUCUCCAGCCCUAUAGGUAGGGUACAACUUUAUAAGUCUGAUAUAGUAUUGGGCCUCUUUUCAUACUGUACGAGUACUGUGGGAAAUUUAGUUUCCUACAAUGGUUCCGUUCCCUU